CGCCGCUCACAUGUCUCGCAGUGGCACAGCAGGGACGAACAUCACGAUCAUGCAUACUGCCUCAAUUUGGUCACAUCCCCCAACAAACCACCAAAUACAUAUGCCCAACCCAAUUCCAAAAAAAUGCCCUCGAAAUCGCACACACCCACUUUCUCCCAUCACCACCAACAUGACCACCCCAACAGCCCUCGGCCCCCUACCAACAAAUUUCGUUCCCCCAUCCUCUUGCACCGUCGCCCUCGCAGCCCUCUGCACAAGCACAUCAUGCGCCGCUGAACCACCCUUCAAAGCCCUCUACGGCGCAUCAUGCCUCACCAGCAAAACCCCCAUUACCACCCCAGCCCCCGUCGCAGACUUCAACCCAGACUGCCUCCCCUCCGGCAAGAAACUCGCCGAGAUAUCUGCCAAAGCAGGCGGUGGGGAGGUGAAUGCGUACUUCUCGCCCGCGUCGGAUUGUCCUGGGGGUUGGAGUGCAGCGACGAGUGGGAGUGAUGGGAAGGUGUUUAAGGGGAUUGGUAAGGCGGAGACGGGGGUCGUGUGUUGUCCGUCGUCUUUCACAUGGGACAUAACGAACGGGUGCAGAGCGCCCCCGACGUUCACACAACAAGUAUCAUUCUGCGCCGGAGAUCCAAACACGAUCAAGGAGUCGACGGCGAUAACGACAUGGCUGUACGGUGCCGGUAGCGCUGCCGGCGGAUUGUACGCUCCCGCAAUCCAGCUCAGGUACAACGGCGCCGCCUCUCCCACGACUUCUACCUCAACUUCACCGCCACUUACGACGAACUCGAAACCGACAGGGCCGGCGAUUGAUUGGAGUGACCCGGCGGGGACUCACAAGUGUAAGAGGAAGGGUGGGAAUAGUGGGAAUAGCGGACACGGGUAUAGUGGGAAGAAUGGGAAGAGUGGUGGAAAGUUUGGAUGUGGGGGGAAGAAGAAGGGGCUGUCGAAGGGGGCGGUUAUUGCGAUUGCGGUUGUGGUGCCUGUUGUUGUGAUCGGGGGUGCGGUACUGGCUUGGGUGUUGGUUAGGCGGAAGAGGGCGAAGGGGUAUGAUGGGGUUGCUAGUGAGGAGGUUGAGGAGAAUGGGGUGGGGACGGAGGCCAGUGGUGAGCAAGGGAAAGGGAUCGUAGGGAGUGAAGAGACAGGAGGUGAGGACAUGAAGAUGGGGGCGAAAGAUUCGAAGGUCGUGUCUCCGUAGGGUAUCUAUAGUAGAAAGGCGUCGGCGUUCGGUGAUGUGAGG